AUGCCGGGCGCGUCCGAAGAGGAGGCCAAGGCGGCGAUGCGACGGCAGCCGACCAUCUCAGUCCGAUUCGAGCUGCCGUGGUCGGUGUGGUGCAACCGAUGCGAAGGGCUAGCGGUCAAGGGCUCGCGGGCAACCGCUACCAAGGACCAUGUCGGCUUUUACUACACCACGCCGGUCUUCACCUUUACUUUUCCGUGUCCGCUCUGCUUCGACAAAGCAGCGCCGAUGGUCCUCGCUACGGAUCCGAAGCAUCGCGACUUUGCAGUCAUUACCGGCGGCCGGCGCAAAGCCGAGCCGACGCGUCCACCUCCACUACCCCGACUCGAGACCGAUCCGCACGCUUCGGCCAUUGCCUCGCUCGAGGCCCGCUUGCUCGGCGAGCCUGAUGCCGAGGCCGCUGUCCACGACUACGACGCACUCGAGGCCGCGCUCGCCCGCUCGCAGGUGCUUCACCGCGACGCGCUUGGCGGCCCGCUGGCAGCUGCGCGGACCGCCGCCCGCUCCCGGCGCCAUGCCACUGAGGCUGCGCGUCGCGAGGCUGAGGCCCACCUCUGUCCAGCGUCGGUCCGGCUGGCCACGCCGGCGCCGGCCGACGCCGCCGCAGCGCGUGCCGCCAUCCGCCGGCGCAUCCUGGCCAAGCGCCGUAGGGACUCGGCCGAGCUCGACAGCGAGCCCAUACUCACACCUCCGCCGCCACCGUCCAAGAAGCUUGCCUCGCUUCGCUCUGACAUGACUGUCCGCAAGCCGUCUGCCCGCUCGGCCGCCUCCGCCGUCGCCUCCGCCAAGUCGCACAUCGGCACCCGCUCGGGAGCCAAGGAAAAGAGAUCGGUGUAUGUGGCGCCACUGCGGCAGUCGAUCACCACCGAUGAACUGUACCAGGCCGUGACGGAAGAGACUGGCGCAGUGGUCCUCUCGGUCAAGCUCAAUCGCCGGGCUCAGUCCAAGGCCUUUGCGGGAUCGGCGUACGUCGAGUUUGCCAGUCAUCGCGAUGCACAAGCGCUGGUCAAGUCGAACUGGGUCUACGAUGGCGUUGCUCUUGAUCUGGCUCUCCGCUCCAAACACGAAAAGCUCAAGGAGCGCGCACAGGUUGCAAAGUCCAAGCAGCGCGCCAAGGAGACCAAGAAGAAGCGUCGCACUGCCGAUACAGACGCCAACUAUAUCUAG